AUGGAGGCGGAGUCCCGUCAGUCCUCCAGGGCUUUUGCGCCGUCCGCUCUGCUAUCGUACUGGGCUCGUUCGCUUCGCACGAUGGUGGCCGACAAAGAUGAGGCCGGCUCCGCCGAGGUCGAACACGUCGACCACUCAAGCCCAGAGAAGGGCGCUGUCAAUGCGCGCCUGGUGUUCGUCUGUAUCGUUUUUGGCGCGGCGUCGUUCAUGUUUGGAUACGACGACAAGCUCAUCUCGCCCGUGGCUGCCUUGACUGGAUUCGUCGAGAAGUUCCAAGGACCCAACCCGGCAACCGGCCAAUUCGUCCUCACGGCGCACAAUCAGAAUUUGGUCUUUUCGUUGCCAUUGGUGGGCGCCGUGCUCGGAGGUCUAUUGGCCUCUCCCCUGAACUUCCACUUUGGCCGUAAGUGGCCCCUGAUGGCAGCGUAUUUCCUCUCAAUUGGCGGCGGGCUACUUCAAGUAUUUGCUCCGAACCUGGGGACCUUCGUGGGAGGACGGUCGGUGAACGGGAUUGCCAUGGGAAUUGCGACUGCAACUGCCCCUCUCUAUCUGUCCGAGGUGGUCCCUGCUUCAAUGCGAGGGAGAAGUGUCAGCUCCAUCAACAUCCUCAACCUCACAGCAGGGGUCGUUGGCACGACCAUUGUCUGGGGCACCCAGAAACUCGGAGGUCAUCUGUCCUUCCAGAUCCCGUUAGCAGUGCAAUCGGCCGUGCCCGUGAUCUUGAUCGCCAUAACCAUGCCGCUCCCCGAAAGCCCCGAGUGGCUCGUGGCAAAAGGCAACCUGGCGCAAGCCCGGCAUAAUUUACGCAAACUCCGAGGCUUUAGCGACGAGCAAGUCGAAGACGAACUUCGUCUCAUGGAAUUGUGCGAGAAACACGACCGCGAGAUGCAAGCGGAGGUGAAGUUCUGGCAUAUCUUCCAGCGGCAGCACCUCCGACGGACUCUGGUCGCAGGCUCUUUUUACUCUCUCAAUCAGAUCUCCGGUGUCAUUCUGUCCACGACAUAUACAACAGUAUUCCUCACAGAACUGGGUAUCGGAGACCCAUUCUCCCUCACCAUCAUCGCAUCAUGCUGCACCCUGGCCGGCACCAUCGCCGCUCCGCUCGUCAUCGACCGAGCCGGCCGACGGCCGACGGCAUUCGUCGGGAUGGCUAUUUUAUUCAUAAUCGACGUUGUAGCAGGUGGCCUCGCUUUCGACACAAAAAACUAUCACUCCACCCUCGCCAUUGCCGUGCUCUCUUUCAUCUUCAACUUCUUCUGGGCUUCCUCCUUCUACUCGCUCUCCACCCUAAUGCCGUCCGAGAUGGCCACCCCCAAACUCCGCCACCAUACCAUGUCGUAUACUAUUGCGUGCCAGGAGGUGACGGCUGUCAUCACCACGUUGGUCGUUCCGCAGCUGACCUCUGCAGAUGCGGCGGGUUUGGGCGCAAAGACCUAUCUCGUUUUUGCGGGUUGCAUGGCCGCAAUUAUUGUCUUCGUGUACGUUUUCAUGCCGGAAACUCGAGGCCGCACAUUUGCGGAAGUCGAUGAGAUCUAUGCAGCCAAAGUCCCUGCUUGGAAGUGGCGAUCUUAUCGAACGUCGAAUGAGGCGAGAACGGGGGAGUCGCCAAUUGUCUCUUUGCAGAAGACAUGA